CCUCGACCAGUUUGGGAUAAAUCAGAAAAUCACACCGAGCUCUCUAUCAUCAUCUACAAUCACACCGACAAAUUAUCUGAAUCCGAUACCAAAAUCGUUUCCAGCUUCAUUUGGAUCCACCAAUUUCGCCUUGGAUUUUACUAGGGUUUGGUCUAAGCUCUAAUCUUCUGAUUUCUGAAUUCUGAAUUCGAAUUCCGCAGAAAUUUGAUUGUUCUUCGAAGGAACAUAGAAGAUGAAGAAGUACGGUCUGCAAAUCAGAGCUCCUUCCCAGAAAAAGCAACCACCACCUCGACCUGCUCCAAUAUUUAAUGAAGAUGAUGACGAUGAUGUUGAGAAGGAGAUUUCUCGGCAAGCUUCAAAGAAGAAAGCUCUAAAAGAAAUUGAGGAGCAGCACAAGAAAGCUUUGGAAGAAGACCCUUCUGCUUUUGCAUACGAUGAACUUUAUGAUGACAUGAAACAAAAGGCUGUUCUUCCACGAGCGCAAGAUCGCCAAGAGCGCAAGCCAAGAUAUAUCCAGCACUUGAUGAAAAAGGCAGAGCAGAGACAGAAAGAACACGACAUAAUUUACGAGAGAAAGCUUGCGAAAGAGAGGGAGAAAGACGAACAUCUUUUCUCAGAUAAAGAAAAGUUUGUAACUGGUGCUUAUAAAAGGAAACUCGAGGAACAAGAGAAAUGGCUGGCGGAAGAAAGAUUGCGUGAACUUCGAGAGGAGAAAGAUGAUGUUACAAAGAAGAAAGACUUGAGUGAUUUCUACUUCAACAUUGGAAAAAACGUGGCAUUUGGAGCACGAGAUAUCGAAGCUAAAGAGGCAGAGAGGCUCGAGGAACAAAGAAAGGCAGAGAAGCUGGAGGAGCUGAGAAAAGAAGAGACGAGGGAAGAGAAGAAAACUGAUUUACCAGAGAAGAAAGUGUCGCCUGAUGAAUCAGGAGAUAUUAAUGGAUCAAAUAGUAGGAAACGGAAAAGUGUGGAACCGCAAGAAGAAGCAGAGGAAGAAGCAACUGAGAAGAAGAUUGGUUCAGAUCCCACAGAAGAGAGAGAUUCAUCAAUCAAAGAGGCAGCAAAAGAAGCGCCUAAAGUCACUUACGAGCACCGGAUUGCUGCUGCUAAAGAACGGUUAAUGGCUCGGAAGAAGGCAAAGUUGGAAGAAUAGUUUGUGCAACUUUGGCCAGAUUUUUCAGUCCAACGGUUUACUUUUUUGGUGUACUUCUCUUAUGAUUGUCGAUCACUUUUUGUUUAAAAACUUUUCAAGAUAAAACUUAUUAAACG